UAACUAUUUACUUGUGACAGAUCUAACUUAACAUUACAGAGUAUUACAAGAAAUUUUAAAUUAUAAAUGUCUUCUUACUUUGAAGUCCAGUUCUAAAGAUAAGUUACAGAGUACUUUAGAUAAUUACAUGAAAACACAUAUAACACGAUGACUUCCGCUUCAUCGAGCAGCGCUCGUUCGUUAUUCGCGGAGUCAAAACAACGUUUAGCGGAGAGAGUGCAAGUAAAUAUGAAUAAUAUAGCAUCUCUAGCUCGACAAAUUCAGCGAGGGUCAAAAUCUAAUGAGUUACUUUCGAGGGCGGCAAGAGAUAUGGCUUCAACAGAACACUUGAUGGAAGGUAGUGAGGAGAAUCUGAAGAAAAUGCAAUUGAUAGCAGUGCACAUGGGUUAUCAAUAUGAAAAUAUUCUAAAAUCAGCCCAAAUGAUCACAGAGGUCGGAGAACAAGUGUCGAAUAUGCAAAGAUAAUUAUCCAAUUGCAAUUUGCUGGUUUGAAAAACUUAAACCGUGAAUAAGUUGUUGUUAAAAUUAAAAGUAUUAUUUCCACAUAUGUUUUGGGAAUUACAAACAUACAACAGGGAUGCUUAUUUAAAGAUUUUAAAUGAUUCUUCUCAUACAAGGUUAAUUGACAGAGUGACUUAUUUGAAAUCUUAUUUAGAGAAAUUAGUUUUUUUUAUUUAAAUAUAUAUGUAAGUUUAAUAGAUAUAGUUUGCAACAAAUUUAAUAUAAGUUUACUUAAAGAA